AUGUUAAUUAUUAAGCCCAUCUUGCCCGUCUUUUCACCGCGGUCUGCUUUGAUCUAUCUAGAUCUACCUGUGGGUAAUGGGUUUAGUAAGCCAUGUCAAAUAAAUAAGCUUUGUCUUCUGUUCUACGUGCAGUUGGACAAUGUGGACGAGCAGGCGGCGCAGAUCCGCAGAGAGCUGGACGGGCGACUGCAGCUGGCCGAGAAAAUAGCCAGAGAGAGGAAGUUUCCAAAGUUUAUUUCCAAAGACAUGGAGAUGAUGUACAUGGAGGAGCUCAGGUCGUCCGUUAACCUGCUGAUGGCGAACCUGGAGAGCCAACCUGUGGCCAAAGACUUCAAGCCCAAAAUCAAGGCCAAACUCACACCCAUGAACAGCUUCCUGGACAUCGGCGAUGAGAACGACAUGCCUCUCUCCAAAUCGGACGUAGUGCUGUCGUUUUCUUUGGAGAUUGUGAUCAUUGAGGUGCAGGGGCUGAAAUCGGUUGCUCCUAAUCGGAUUGUGUACUGCACUAUGGAGGUGGAGGGAGGAGAGAAGCUCCAGACGGAUCAAGCCGAGGCCUCCAGACCACAGUGA